CCAUUCAGCAACAUGGCUGAGGAUAGUUCAAGAGCUUUUGUUAAAGACGUCAAGCGUAUCGUCAUUAAGGUUGGGACUGCUGUUGUUACUCGAAAUGAUGGACGAUUAGCACUUGGAAGAUUAGGAGCACUAUGUGAGCAGAUAAAAGAAUUGAACUCUCAAGGAUAUGAGAUCAUUUUGGUGUCAUCAGGUGCUGUUGGCUUAGGUCGCCAAAGGCUUAGAUACAGGAGACUAGUCAACAGCAGUUUUGCUGAUCUUCAGAAGCCACAAGUAGAACUUGAUGGGAAGGCAUGUGCAGCCGUUGGACAAAAUAGUCUUAUGGCUUUGUAUGAUACAUUGUUCAGUGAGCUGGAUAUUUCAUCAGCUCAACUUCUUGUAACAGACAGUGAUUUUAGAGAUAGAGAUUUUAGAAAGCAACUAAAUGAGACAGUGAAGUCUUUAUUAUCGUUGAAAGUUAUUCCUAUAUUUAAUGAAAACGAUGCUGUCAGUACCAGGAAAGCUCCAUACGAGGAUUCUUCUGGUAUAUUUUGGGACAAUGACAGUUUAGCGGCUCUACUCGCUUUGGAGCUAAAAGCUGAUCUUCUUGUUUUAUUGAGUGAUGUUGAGGGUCUUUACAGUGGCCCUCCAAGUGAUCCAAAAUCAAAGCUAAUCCACACAUAUGUUAAAGAAAAGCAUCAGGGUGAGAUUACCUUUGGAGACAAGUCAAGGGUAGGUAGAGGGGGUAUGACUGCAAAAGUAAAAGCUGCUGUCAAUGCAGCUUAUGCUGGCAUUCCUGUUGUUAUCACCAGUGGAAGUGCUCCUGAGAACAUAAUAAGAGUCCUUCAAGGUCAACGAAUUGGUACUCUCUUUCACCAGGAUGCACAUUUGUGGGAACCAACUAAAGAAGUUGGUGCCCGUGAAAUGGCAGUUGCAGCAAGAGACAGUUCCAGACGACUUCAGGCAUUGUCUUCACAAGAGCGAAAAAAGAUUUUAUUAGACAUAGCUGAUGCCUUUGAAGCAAAUGAAAAAUUGAUCACUGUUGAGAAUGAAGCUGAUGUAGCUGCUGCACAACAGGCUGGAUAUGAGAAAUCCUUGAUAUCUCGACUAGCUCUGAAGCCUGGAAAGAUUGCAAGCCUUGCAAAGUCAAUUCGUGUGCUUGCGAACAUGGAAGACCCAAUCGGCCGUGUUUUGAAGAAAACACAGCUUGCAGAUGGACUUAUUUUAGAGAAAACCUCAAGUCCUUUGGGUGUUCUUUUGAUUGUUUUUGAAUCUCGACCUGAUGCGCUUGUACAGAUAGCCUCAUUAGCUAUCCGAAGUGGUAACGGGCUCCUUUUGAAAGGGGGAAAGGAGGCCAAGCGGUCCAAUGCUAUUUUGCAUAAGGUAAUAACUGAAGCCAUUCCAGACAUUGUUGGGGGUAAAGUUAUUGGACUUGUAACUUCAAGAGAUGAGAUUCCUGAUCUUUUAAAGCUUGAUGACGUUAUUGAUCUUGUGAUCCCACGAGGCAGCAACAAGCUUGUUUCCCAAAUCAAGAGUUCAACCAAAAUUCCUGUUCUUGGUCAUGCAGAUGGAAUUUGCCAUGUAUAUGUUGAUAAGUCUGCUAAUAUGGAUAUGGCAAAGCGGGUUGUUUUGGAUGCAAAAAUAGAUUACCCAGCUGCUUGCAAUGCAAUGGAAACUCUUCUUGUACACAAAGAUUUAGUGACAAAUGGUGCACUUAAUGAGCUAAUUGUUGAUCUUCGUAUACAAGGUGUUACUUUAUAUGGUGGACCAAGGGCAAGUUUAUUGUUGAAUAUCCCACAAGCACGCUCUUUUCAUCAUGAAUACAAUUCAAUGGAAUGCACUGUUGAAAUAGUGGACGACGUGGCUGCAGCCAUCGAUCACAUCCAUCACCAUGGCAGUGCACACACAGAUUGUAUCAUCACCGAAGACCAAGAAACUGCAGAAAUCUUCUUGUAUCAAGUUGACAGCGCUGCUGUUUUCCACAAUGCAAGCACAAGAUUUUGUGAUGGUGCUCGAUUUGGUCUAGGCGCUGAGGUUGGGAUAAGUACAAGUAGGAUUCACGCUCGGGGUCCGGUUGGAGUUGAAGGAUUGUUAACAACAAGAUGGAUUCUGAAAGGAAGUGGGCAGGUAGUAGAUGGUGAUAAAGGGGUCAUUUACACCCACAAAGACAUACCAAUAAAUUCUUGAAAAUGUAUCAGAAAAUACCCCUAAAAUGCAAAGGGGAAAAUGGCUGAAGCUGCUGAAUUGGUUUCUUGAAGGGGGUUGAAUUGGGAUAAGAGUGUUUUGUCAGGGUGUUAAUUGUUAUACUAUAAUAUUGUGAAAUUAUUGCUAAUGCUUUAUGUUUUUAAAUUAGGAAGUAGAUUCUUUUCUUUUCAAGUGUGAUAAUUAGAAUUUAGGAUUUGAGUAAUUUGUGUCAGGAGAAUUUGAGUAGAAAAAUAAGAAUGUUAGAAGUGUUCUGAUGUAAUUUUAUUUCUGUUAUAAUGCAAAAGCAUUUGAAUUUGGAA